AUGAACUUCGCGUCUUGCCCAAGCGACGACUCCAUUGGGCCAAGUGUCCAAGGUUGUCGCAAUGACUUCGACUUUACUCUCAAGUUCGAGAGAAUUUUUCUGACAAUCCUACCCUCUACCUUGUUUGCCGUUCUUUCAAUUCCAAGAACCAUAGUCCUGGUCUGUAGACCAAAGGUCGUGGGCGGUGUCAAGUUCCAAUGCGUCAAGCUCGCUGCAAUUGCCAUCUACGCAAUCUUACAACUGGUCAAUCUCAUCCUCAACGUUGCUGCCCAGGCAACGGAGCUAUCAACCGUUUCGUUUGUCGUUAGCUUUAUUGCAGCGCUAUGUAUGCUAGGAUUGAGCUUCUUUGAGCAUUCUCGCUCCCCGCGACCCUCCGUCUUGCUCAAUACAUUCUUGAUCUCAACUAUCCUCUUGGAUGCUGCCCAAGUCCGAACACUGUGGCUAUCCGCAGGCACCAAUCUCGAGAUCACCAUCGCUCGGACCUUCACCGCUGCUGCCGUCUGGAAGAUUGUCUUGAUUUUGUCAGAGUCGUGGGAAAAGCUGCCAUGGCUCCGCUGGAACCGCAAAGAUCACAGUCCAGAGGAGACGAGCGGCCUAUUCGGACUUGCGACCUUCUCGUGGCUGAAUUCGCUGUUCGUAUCCGGUUACAAAAAAGUCUUGGCUGUGCCGGAUCUCUUUCCUCUCGACAAGAGUCUGUCAGUGGAGACUCUGCAGGAGACCACUCGCCGGCUGGAGCCAGAGCGUUUCCGAGAGAAAAGCCACGACCUUGCCCGGGCACUUGGAAGCACCCUGGUCGUCCCGUUAUUGAUGCCAGUCGCUCCCAGGAUCGCUCUCCUUGGGCUUGUGUUCUGUCAGCCGUUUCUCUUGGAGGCUCUCCUGCACAACCUCGAGGAACAGGAGACCAGCCAAGUUGCCAACAGAGGUUAUGGGUUGAUAGGCGCCACAUUCAUCGUCUACACGGGCAUUCCAAUCGCCAAUGCCUUGUACUGGUAUUUCCAGGAGCGUCUCUUGUGUAUGAUACGCGCCUAUUUAGCUGCGGCGGUCUACCGGAAGACAAUUCAGGCCAAGGUCUCCACACCAGAUAACUCGGCUGCCUUGACGUUGAUGAGUGCGGACAUUGAGCGAGUCCGCAUGGGCCUGAUGGAGUUCCACGAGUUUUGGGCCAAUCCAAUACAAGCCGGUCUGGCCUGUUGGCUGCUUCAGAAGAAACUCGGGGCCUCAUUCGCCGUACCCAUUGUUAUCAUUUCCUUAUGCGUUGCCAGCUCCACCGUCUUGAUGCGAUAUAUCGGGCCCCGGCAACUGGCUUGGAUGCAGAAGAUCCAAGAGCGCAUCGGUCAUACGGCGAACGUCAUCGGUAACAUGAAACACCUGAAGAUAUCAGGAUUGGAAGCCCCGGUCGAGGACACCAUAAACUCGCUGAGGCUGGAGGAGUUGAAGGUGGGAGGCAGAUUCCGAUGGUUCCUGGUCGCCUCGGUGGGCAUUGGAUUCACACCUGUUCUGGUGGCUCCCGUCAUCACUUUGGCCGUCACUGCUCGAGAUCUGGACGUCACGACAAUCUUCACCUCCAUAUCGUAUCUGCUCCUGCUGUCAGAGCCGCUGUCGACGCUCUUCCAACUGGUUCCCCAGUUGCUCGCCGCUUUUACGUGCCUGCAGAGAGUGCAGUCUUUCCUGCAGCAGGAAUCGAGGCAUGACUUUCGAGACUACGACGUGUUCAUCGAUCCCAAAGGGUUGAAUUCGGGCAGAAGAACUACGCCAGUUGCCAAGAUAAUCAACGGAAGCUUUGGCUGGACCGAGGAGACGCUUGUGCUGAAAAACAUCGACGUCGUGAUUCCUCCCGGCCUCACCAUGGUAAUCGGCCCAGUUGCUUCCGGAAAAUCCACGUUCUGCAAGGCGCUACUCGGCGAAACCCCCAUUGCAGAAGGCCAAACCGUUUUGAACAUCAACUGCCGCACUGUUGGGUGCUGCGAACAAGCCCCGUUCCUCUGGAGCGCGUCUAUAAGGGACAACAUUGUUGGCUACUCCACGGUCGUGGACGAGUCAAGAUACGCGGCCGUCGUCGAGGCUACCAUGCUUGCCCAGGACCUUCACCUUCUCCCCCAGGGCGACCAGACAGAAGUCGGCAGCGAUGGGGUCAGUCUGAGUGGAGGUCAGAAACAGAGGGUCUCCAUUGCGAGAGCGCUUUACGGGCAAUACGACCUCCUUGUCUUCGAUGAUGUCCUAAGCGCCCUUGACGCUGAUACACAGCAGCACGUCUUUCGCCGUGUGUUCGGUCCUGACGGGAUGCUCAAAAAAAGAAGUGCGAACGCUGUUCUUUGUACUAAUUUUACGCAACAUCUCCGGUCGGCUGAUUAUGUUAUCGCGCUGGCCGCCGAUGGCACCCUUGAGAGAAAAGGCAGCUUUGAUCGUGUUGUUGCCAGCGGGCAAGAAACCAUCCAAAGCUUAGUAGGACCAUCUGGUACUGACGACAGCGCCGAUCCCGGGAAACCAACUGGAUCUGCAUCAACUCUGAAAACCGAUAGUCCCACGCCUCAGAACACUCAUACAGCACCUGAGGAUCGGCAGGAGAACAAAGAUGCCGCCCGCAUCAUGGGCGAUGCUGCGGUGUUUGGGUUCUACUGCCGAAACAUCGGGACAUGGUGGAUGCUCACCUUUGCUGGUUUCGGCAUCCUUUUCGGCUUCCUGUACAACUCCCCUACCAUAUGGCUCAAGUACUGGGGCGAAGAUGUGUCCUCCACGAGCCCGGCACAUUCGACGUCGUUCUACGUCGGCCUCUACGCCCUGUUUCAGUGCUUGGGACUGGGCUCUCUGAUUGCGGAGGCGAUUCUUGGGUUCAUCGUCAUAAUCAGGGUUUCCGGAGCGAACCUGCACAAAGAAGCCCUCCGAGCCGUCUUCGCGGCGCCCCUGCGCUACUUCACGACGACGGAUACGGGGGAGGUGACGAACUUGUUCUCGCAAGACAUGACCCUCGUCGAUGGGGAGCUUCCACAGGCCCUCACCAACACGUCACUCCAAGUGUGGGUGGGGCUGGGAGCAGCUGCUGUGAUUGCGACUUCAUCCCCCUUCGUGAUGAUCUCGUAUCCCUUCAUCAUGGCCAUCGUGUAUGGUAUCCAGCGGUUCUACCUGCGCACUUCCCGCCAGCUGCGUCUGUUGGACUUGGAAGCAAAGGCUCCUCUUUAG